GCGGCAACGAGUCCGACGUCGCUAGCGGGCCGCUAAGGAAGCCCCCCCCCAAGUAGGGCGCUAACGAAGCCGACGCCGUUGGCGUGCUCGGCGCUGUUGUACGUGCGUGCGUGCCUCUCCGGUCUCUGCGUCGUUCUCCGACACCAGCGCGGAGGUCCGAGUGGAAUACCAACGGCAUGUUCUUUAAGUUACUCAGGGGCCAUGGCAGGCAUAGUUCCAGACCUCCGGACAAAUCGAAGAGUGACCGCGACAAAAGCAGCGGCAGUCAUCGCGCGAACGGAACAGCGAAGGUUGCCAUGGAGUCAACAGAAGUUCAGUGUGACGCUUCUUCAAACCCAGAAUCUAGUCCCUUCCUUCACGUUCAAGAUGAACUGCUCUCAAAAGUACCAGGGGCAGAAAGCGAGGCCGCGAGACGGGUUCAUGAAGAAAAUUUGCUGCUUCAGCAGGAGCUCAAGGAGAAGUGCGACUUACUUUCCAAGCUUGAGGAGGAACUCGACCAUCGUGACGACGCAACGACGGCGCUUGAGGUGCUGGAACGGACGGCAACGCCCCUGUCGCUUAACCACCGCCCGCAGCAGCGGGAGGAGCUUCGCGUGACGCAGGAGGCCCUGAGCAGCCUUCGACAGUGCUUCAGGUUGGACGACCCGUACCAGCACACGCUGGACACCAUCGAGCAAUCGCUGUGCACCUUACUCGAACGCGUCACCUGCAUGGAGAAGAUGGCCGCCGCAUCUUCCGCUUGUCCUUCCACGGGUUCACUGAGUGCUGCAUCCGCGCGCCGGCUGAACUUCGACUCGACCGGUGACCCGCGGCGGCUACCAAUCACAACGUUAGAAGACUUUCCCGGCUACCGCAUCGACCCUCCAACAUCCCUAGGCCACAGCUCUCAGCCACCGAGCACCAAGGUGAUCUACUACACAGAGAGGUCGGUCACCCCGUUCCUGUCAGCCAUUCCCAAAAGACUCAGCGACAUCCGACUUCGAGACUUCAAAGUAGUGUUUGAUCGUCCCGGCCAGUACCGAUAUCAUUUCAAGACACUCGAUCCCGAGUUUGGCAUGGUGAAAGAGGAGGUACUUCACGAUGAUGACCCCGUACCCGGCUGGGACGGCAAGAUCGUUGCUUGGAUAGAGGAGGACAUCUGAGGAACUGCACUGCCGCGCUCCUCCUUUGCUCAGGCAUCGCUCAUCCAUUCAUCUGUACAUAGCGCAUCAUUUGUAAACGUGUGCCUACAAUCUUUAUAGCAACAGUUAUGUUGCCACUUGCACACAUUGUAACUUAUUGAAAGUGCGAGUCAGCUUGUUCACUGUUACGUGGACGUGCCGAAUGAUUGUUCAAGACUUGGUUCGUUGUUUCAACUUCACGAGAAGUUCCGGUGACCUCGGAAUACGUGGACGCGUUCAUAAUUUGUUUGCAGGCCAAGCUAUUCUACCGUUAUGUCCACACAGCAAAAACUUCAAGUACGGUUCUCGAACAUGAAGCCACAACGCAUUCAAACACACUGUCUCAGUACUUCUCUAGAAAAUGUACUUUUGAAUUGAACAGCAUGACAAUAUUGGCCUGAAGUAUGAACCUUGAAGUAUGAAGUACGAAUCUUAAACCAACUCACCCAGCGGCAAGGUUUACCGAACCAAAGUCUUGGCAUGUUUGAAGAAUGUAGUGAUAUAAUGAAAUCUUGGCCUGUUGAAGAAUGAAAAAAGGGGAUGGACUGAACGAAAAGUGUAUAAAGACUGAAUUUCUCAUGCACUCAACCAUCUGGCCUAAACAAACUAAAAAAACAAGUUCGAAGUUGAUAAAUCAGAAAGUGCUAGGCUUUAAUUGAUGUCACCUUUAGUACCAACCUGCCUUGAUUUUCUUUUCUAAUCUACUUUCCUUUUCUUUGUGUAAAAAAAAUUUAUGAAUGCUUUGAAGACUUCAUCUUACUCUAAUGCUAGGUGAUGCUGCUUUUUUGAAGUGAUCGCUUCAAAUAAAGUAAGGCGUUCACACGAGUGGUUUCUGGCAUGUUCAAAGAAAUGUGACUCCACAAAGUAUGGUUGUGUACAAAAACAAACGAGCGUGGUUUCGACUAUAUUUGCACAGCAAAGCCCACAAUUUGAAGGCUGUGCUAUGUAUAUGCGGGCUAUUUGUCACUUUUUAUAGUAGUUUUGUUGUAUCUGAGGAUUUCCUCAAAGCUUUGCUACCAAUGUUUAAAUGUGUCGCCUGCAGGAACGUGUUUCAUAUUGAAAAUGUUUGUAUUUAUCGCAUUGAAAAACUUGCAGUUAAUGAAGCAAAGUGCAAUUUCCAAAGUUGCUGCAUGAAGUGAUAAUAAAAAAAACGUUCAUUUACAA